GAUGGAAUUGAACAUCACAAGUCGAUUUCAAUCCAAACAACAAAGUAUUCAUUUUCAAUAAAAUCUAUUAUAUUUCAAUCUUUUCUGAAACUUUUCCUCUAUUCAUACAUUCAUCAUGAUUGGACAAAGUUUCACCUUCAUUUUACUAUUAACUGUAAUUUCAUCUACUUAUAGCGAGAAAAAAGAUAUGAAUUCAGAUUUAGCCCGUUUUGAUCACAUAUGUAAGGCUUCGUUGAAAGCAAUAAAAGAAGGAUAUUUCGACCUGAGGAUCAAUGAGAGAGCUGAAUGCAGGGAGAAAGCUGUGCCUGAAAAUAUUAUGACAGCAUUGACUAAAUGUGAAGCGACUUUGCCAAUGGAUUCACAGCAAGCAGUAAAAGAUGCUUGCGCCAAUGAGGCCGAAAAUGCACCCAAAUGGGCACAGGUAUGGGACUGUAAAGAAAAAGCAUUCGGCAAAAAUUACGAUGCAAUGCUAGCAUAUGCCCUAUGUACUUUGAACCAAGGUGCAAGAUAGUUCAUGAAAAAGUCCAUUACAAUUUCAACAAACCUAAACUAAGCAAAAUGGUUCUUUCAAUUACCGUUAAUUUUGUCCAAUUUAUUCUCCUUGUCGUCACAAUUUGAACAAAUUUUCAACUCAAAUGUUAUUUUUGAAUAAUAAA